CAGACGUCUGACACUUGUUUAGACGGUCGAUAGACGGCUCGUUGAUCAUGCCGUCACCCCCAGCCGCGGGGCCAAGCUCUCCUCCCCCCCGCAAGCUAAAGGCGCCUUCAGCCCCUUCAGGCGGUUAUUCGAGUUCUUCGUCGGUUUCGUCUUCAGAGUCGGACUCGGCGUCAAGCUCUGACGAGGAAAGCACAACAAGCGAAUCCGACGAAGAAAUCAACCCAGAGUACCUUGAUUCCCUUCUCGAGAGGGCACGGCGGAAUGUACAAGCGCGAAAGGCUUCAUCGACCGUCGAGGAGGACGUUAUACGACUAGAAGGCGUCGAUGGAAUAGCGACGGAUGCCGUCCUUCCCGCCCUUGACCCCGGACCUCUGCCUCCGCCAUAUAUCACAACAGAAUCUGACAACAACACGGAAAACACGAUAAAAAAGCAGCGUCGUCGCCGGAGAACCGACGGGGCCUCCGCCAAAGUCGCCGACCCUGAGGCAACGCGGACCGAGAAUGCUGCUGCCGCUAUCGCUAGUUAUUUCCAAGGCGCCCCCGCCCCGCCAUUACCCCCUCCUGAACUCGAUCCCAAAACUGGACGGGCUUUGACCAAGAAGGAACGGAAAGCUCUCAAGGCUGACACUGCUGGCGCAUCCUGGUUCGAUUUGCCCGCUCCUCCCGCCGCGGAGCUCCCACGGCUCUAUCGCGAGGUCGAAGCACUGCGCCUACGGAACCAUCUUGACCCCAAGCGUUUCUAUCGAAAGGAGGAGGGAGAAGGAAAGGGAAUCAAGGGAUUGCCCAAGUACUUUGCGAUCGGAACGGUUGUCGCUGAACGCUCACCAUUCGACACGGCUUCGCCAAGUAACCUAACAAGGGCGGCGAGAAAACGAACGCUCGUUGACGAACUAGUGGACGAUGCAGAGGCGAAGUCGUACGCGAAGAAAAAGUUCAAGGAGCUGCAGACGGUCAGAGGAGCCCGAGGCAAGGGUACGCUACGGGCGAAGAACGCCCUGCGGAAGAAGAAGUGGUGAUGGAACGAGAGUUGUUGGGCGCAACUCGGUGCUUCUCGAGGCUGCGAUCGUCGACGUCGCCUCGGGCCUCGCUGUUGCACCGUAUUCAGCGGCAGCGGCUAGGUUUGACGACCUAUCGCCUUUUCUUCGCGGAUCCGACUGGACGGGAGCGAUACGUCAUGGAUGCGUCCAUACGGAUAUACGCGAGAAGGUCGAGGGCCUUCGCAUCGUCAUGGGGGAUCACCGAUGAGAUUGCGUGCAGAUGUCGCGGUUGCCCAGACUCCUGAUGUCGAGCACGGCGUAGUGUAUGUCUUUAUCCAUUGGAUGUUAUCGCA